AUGAUGAAGUACAUGGAAAAACAUGGUGAGCUGACCUUUGACAAAAUCUUCAAUCAACGGCUGGGCUAUCUGCUGUUCAAGGACUACUGUCUAAACUACCACGAGGAACCGGUCCCACAGAUUAGCUUCUACGAGGAAAUCAAGAAGCUGGAGGGUCUUGAGACUGAUGAAGAGAGGAUAGCCCUUGGUAAAGAGAUCUACGAUCAGUACAUCAUGAAGGAUCUACUCUCCCAAUCCCACGAAUUUUCUGAAGAAUCCGUCUCCCGAGUUCUAGAACUUCUUACUAACGCGCAACGAACAAGAACGCUUCCUCCAGACGCUUUCUCGCCCUACAUUCAAGAAAUUUGUGAUUCCGUACGUGGAGACAUCUUUGAUGCGUUUGUUCGGUCGCCCAGAUUCACCCGCUUCUGCCAAUGGAAAAACCUCGAAUUAAAUCUAAACCUCACGGCCAAUGACUUCAGCGUCCAUCGUAUUAUCGGACGCGGAGGGUUUGGGGAGGUCUAUGGGUGUCGAAAGGCAGACACCGGGAAAAUGUAUGCAAUGAAAUGCCUGGACAAAAAACGAAUCAAAAUGAAGGGUGGAGAGUCGUUAGCACUAAACGAGAGAGCAAUGCUCUCCCUUGUCAGCACAGGGGAGGGCUGCCCCUUCAUUGUCUGCAUGACCUACGCUUUCCAGACCCCAGAGAAGCUCUGCUUCAUCCUUGACCUUAUGAAUGGAGGUGAUCUGCACUACCAUUUGACGCAGCAUAAUGUCUUCAGUGAAUCCGAGGUGCGAUUCUAUGCUGCCGAAGUCAUUCUGGGACUGGAACACAUGCACAACCGCUUCAUUGUCUAUCGUGACUUAAAGCCAGCAAACAUCCUACUGGACGAGUACGGUCACGUGCGGAUAAGUGACCUUGGGCUAGCGUGCGAUUUCUCCCAAAAACGGCCCCACGCCAGCGUUGGGACUCACGGUUACAUGGCACCCGAAGUGCUUCAACGUGGGCGGUCCUACGACUCGUCGGCGGAUUGGUUCUCCCUCGGGUGCAUGCUCUACAAGCUCUUGCGCGGACACAGCCCCUUUAGACACCACAAAGUGCGAGACAAACACGAGAUCGAUCGGAUGACAAUGACGAUGGAUAUUGAACUUCCUGAGGACCUCUCCGCAGAAAUGUACAGCCUCCUUUCCAGUCUGCUGGCUCGGGAAGUCGAUCGUCGAUUGGGUUGCAUGGGCCGUGGGUAUGUCCGCAUUUCUGCGAAAUUUUGCUAG